AUGGGCCAAGCUGCGUCCAAACCCGUGACGCAGAGGGAUCAUGUCGACGAAAUUUGCGCUUUUAUUGCCCAACAAGCCCUCUCCGCGAGUGAUGAAAUUGCAGAUCAACAUGGCCGCGAAAUAAGACGCAGAGACUCUUUCCAUCUCGAAUGUGAAGAUACCGAGAAGAACGAGAAGAAAGGGGUCGACAAUGAAGAAGCUACCAAGCCUAGGCGGAAGACCAGAAUCUCCGCUGCGAUCGACAACUUGACAGGUCGUUCCAAGGAUACCCUACCCACGAAAAUGAAGAAACAGUUCAGAAGCAUCAUAGUCCAAAAUCCUCAAGACCUUAGACUGCCAAUAGUGGAGGAUCUGGUUCUUCCCGCAGAACUCGUCCCUGGAUCCGUGGUGGUUUUCUUGAACGAAGCAGAUGAUACAGUGCGCAUGGCAAUGGUGUUCUCGACGGACGCUAAUUUCGAAUACCUUCUUUUCAUCGUCGAGGAAAGUGUGCUUGAUGAUUUGGGACUACGUCAAACGCCUGGGCGCGUGGGUCCAAGCAGUAUUUCAUGGAUGGACGUUUUCACUGUCACAGCCUAUUCGAACUGCGCAGUGCUGCACAGAUCACAGUGCCCAUAUGCGAAAUGGAUCCAAAUGCGCGAUUCUCCAUUCCCGAAAGGGAGCAUGACUCUGGAGGAAGGCCUUGCCAUUAGUGAAGAAUCGCAGCUUAAUGUUGACGACGUGUUUGAGCGGGUCGAAGCCCGCUGCAGAAGCGUCCGAACCUCAUUGUCGGAGACCUUUUGGGGGUAUCGAGGGAGGUUUGAGUUGUUUCAGCUCAUGUAUCCUCCAGAAAAAGUUGAGGGGAGGUUUCAAGAAUGGGUGUACCGGACCCAUAUUCUCAUGAGGCGCCGUAGACUAAGAUUGGAUCUUUGA